AUGGGUUUCGAGGCCGGUGAUGCUAAGAAGGGUGCCAACCUCUUCAAGACCCGUUGCGCUCAGUGCCACACCCUGAAGGCCGACGAGGCCAACAAGGUCGGCCCCAAGCUUCACGGCCUCUUCGGCCGCAAGUCCGGCCAGGUCGAGGGCUUCUCCUACACCGACGCCAACAAGCAGAAGGGCGUCACGUGGGACGAGAACUCUCUGUUCGACUACCUCGAGAACCCCAAGAAGUACAUCCCGGGUACCAAGAUGGCCUUCGGUGGUCUCAAGAAGCCCAAGGACCGCAACGACCUGAUCACCUUCCUCAAGGACGAGACCGCAUAG